AUGGAGCGCAUGAACGGCAAAGAAGUGACAAACUCGGAGCAACCUACCAGCUAUCCGGGACGCGCCCAGCAGCGCUCUCCCAGCCCUCGACAUGCUGUCCAGCUAUACACGACCACCUGGCGACGAACAGAGACCUAUCCUCAAAAGACAACGAGAGAAGAAGUCGCCCCGUUGACGCAAGUAAGUAAUUUCCUGCCUUUCGCCGGUGAGCGAGAUGGACCCCUAGAACAGCGUCUGGCAGCGGGUUUGUGGCAGGGAUUAAGGUGCUCGAGUAAGCCGCUAUCGGCGCGGCUCCCGCCUAACCAAGAUUCAACACGGCCACCCCACCAAGGCCUGCUUCGAGUUCCACCCGAGAGUUCGGGCUUCGGCACCACCUUUACCCGGAGGAGCAUGCCCGUCGUCAGUUGCUCGGAAUUUGCGAUUGCAAUCGCGAAUCGAUCGAACGACGUCGUUUUGAGCGCUCGAGGCAUCGUCGACACAAUGGCUAAGAAAGCAAAGGCAAGAUUGAUCAACGUCCGGCUCAUCUCCAUGGCCAUGACCGGCUUCUUCUACACCUUCAAGCGGCCCAGGACGGCGCCCAUGAUGGGCAUGCUCAAGUACGACCCGAUAGUCCGCAAAAAGGUGCUGUUUCUCGAAACCAAGAAACGAUCCAAAUAG